AUGGGCGUAAAGUUGCUGGCAAGUGAAGCUGCUGUGCUCCGAUAUCUCAGGAUCCAUAGCGAUAUUCCUGUUCCAGAAGCACACGAUUAUUGUGCUUCGUCCGAUAACGAUAUCAGAAUACCGUUUAUCCUCAUGAAUGAAGCGCCCGGCUGGCCACUUUCCAAAGCUUGGAAACUAGCUGGCUCCCCUCAACCUGGCCUAGACAUGCGCAGCAAAGCCAAAGUACUCGCACAGUUAGGCGGUAUUACCUGGAAGCUUUCACAACUACGGUUCGAUAAAAUCGGCUUGCUAUUCGAAGAAAAUGGCUUCUUUUUAAUCAGGGAAUGUCUCUCUCGUGGCCACGUGUUACAUGAACGAUAUGCUUUAGAGGUCGCCCGUGGUCCUUUCACUUCAGAAUUGGAAUUUUACGAUAGCCUGGUUUCAGCUUUCUCGGAGCACGCGGAAAUUCUGCAGUUAUCGCAUCACUGCUUUGUGGCACCAGUCCCAUCAUUCGACGACUACCCAUCCAGCACGCAAUAUAGAAGUGCUGUAGGUUUAUGGAACGAUUUCGUGACAAUUGGACGCAAGAUCGACACAUCAGAUAAUAGACUGGACUAUAUAAUUGUAGGCGACGCUCUCCGCGACAUUGUACAAAAACUUCAGCUUGGAGCUGUCAAUCCGGGCACUUUUCCGCUGAGCCAUGCCGAUUUGAGUGUUAACAAUAUCUAUGUCGACGAUGAGUAUAACAUCACCUGCAUCAUCGAUUGGGCAUUCACUUCGUCCGUUCCUGAAUCUAUGCUGUUAGCCACGCCAGGGUUGCCACAUUACUACGAAGAAAUCAGCUCCGAGCUACAUACACCCUUCAUAGAUGGCUUUAUUGAUGCUAUGCCCGGAUUCAUGGAAAGAAGGUCGAUCCACAGGUACCGCGAAUCGCUUGAACAAGGCCGAAUUGCCUGGAGACUGAGUCGACUUCUUGGUAUGGACUCUAUUGGGGAUUACGAUCUUCUCGCCACAGUAUGGCACUUCGCAUAUGACCCGGGAAAGGACAUCGGACAGCACUUUUUACAACGCCAGUAUUCGGCCCACUACCUUCGGCUCUACGAAGAAGUUCAAAUGGGGGAUCAGCCACUGUCGAAGAUCAGAAAGGAUGAAGAAGAUUAUUUUCGAAACAAAGAAUUUAGGGAAACAAUAGCUAGAAAGCUGACGCUCGUGUCCGAGCGGAAAACACAAUAUACCGUGAAUGACUCCCGGAGACUUCGGAAAGACAUGUUUGUCGCAUCGUCUAAAUUGUGGAAAUGGAUCCAACAAUUCAUGCAGGAUUGGGCAGCCAUGUCGUAG